AGAGAAAUGGCGCUCUGACUGACUUUAUAUAAUUGUGGUGCAUGCUUGAGUCAUACUUCCUUGUCCUUCCUUACGUAGUUUGAGUUGCAUGUAUCUCUAUCUCAUGAGAACUUGUUGUUCUCAGGUUGAUAUUUACCCUAUUAUCCUCGGAUUACUACAGUGAUUAAACCACCUUCCUAAUUCUGCCUCUCCUGUCUUAUCACUUACGGCCAGGGUAUUCGCCAAAUAAAUAACAAACACUCACUUCCCCCUUGGCUCUCUUAUUUCUUCUUUUUGCAACUUCGCUCGCUAUCUCAAAAUGAACUCUUCCGAGAAUCUGUGCACUUUUUCCGUCGAUGCUUCUUUCGGGCCCUUUGUUGGCCCUGAAUGUCGCGAUGGCUUCGACUUCACUCUCGUCUUUGAACAAUCCAUUCUUGUGCUGUCUCCAGCCGCUCUUCUUCUCAUCCUCGCUCCUGUUCGUCUUUUUCGUCUUCGGAAUGUCCCCGUCAAGGUCACUGGCUACCGUUUUCGAACUGUCAAAUUGGCGUUGAUCGCUCUUUUGGCUGUGCUUCAUCUCGUGCUCGUUGUGCUCUGGGCUACGCGCCCUUCCAAUUCGCGUCUAGAUCGCGUCUCUGUCGCUGCUGCAUGUGUAUCCUUUGCUUCGAGCUUGAUGUCCUGUGUCCUCUCUCGUGCCGAACAUGCCAAGUCCCCUCGUCCAUCGUCUCUCUUGAGUCUGUUUCUCGCCGUGUCUUUGCUCCUUGAUGUCGCGCUCCUUCGCACCCUCUGGCUUGUCCCCAUGAGCACGGCCAUUCCAGCUGUUUUCACAGCGGCCUUUGCUCUGAAAGCGAUUAUUGUCGUUUUUGAAGGGUGGAGCAAAGCUCCGUACCUUGUCGCCGACUCCGGGCCCCACUCUCCCGAAGUCACGGCCGGACUGUACGCCCGAGCCGUCUUCGCGUGGGUGACUCCGUUGCUGCUGACGGGAUUUCGAAAGCUUCUACGGCCGAUGGAUCUGUUUGAGUUGGACGAGGAGAUGGGCUCAGCGGCACUGAUUGACGGGUUUUGGAAGCAUUGGCAUAACCAGAAAGGUUUGUCCAUUCUCCCCUUCUUAGAUAGCCAUAUAGUAUUAUACUUUAAACUCUUCUGUGAUGUCCAUGUACUAAAUGCUGGCUUAGCUCCGGCUCGCAAACACCGGCUGAUCUCAUGUUGCGUCAUGACACUGCGAUGGUCUAUCAUCGCUGUUGUUCUUCCUCGCCUGGCGCUUCUGGCAUUCACUAUAUGCCAACCACUCAUUCUCAACCGACUGCUGGUGUUUCUCGACGAUAUUUCUCAGUCUAUCAACAUUGGUUACGGUAUCAUCGCAGCCUACGGUCUUGUUUACUCCGGUAUUGCGCUUUCACAAGCCCUUUAUUGGCAUCGCAAUGCUCGGUCUGUCACAUUGUUGCGUGGAGUGUUGGUGUCUGCCGUGUUCUCCAAGGCUACCGAUCUGAGUAUCACAACAACAGACGAUUCAGCGGCGGUGACGCUCAUGUCCUCUGAUGUCGAUGUUAUUGUGAGGGCCGUUAGAGAGAUCCACGAGUUCUGGGCAAACAUCAUACAGCUUGCCAUAGCUACUUGGCUACUGAGCACUCACGUAGGCUAUGCUGCUGUAGGUCCCAUUAUAGUGUCGCUCGUUGCGCUCAUUGCUACGGUUCUCGUUUCGCCUCUGGCGCGCAAGUAUCAGAUGUCUUGGUUAGACAAGACACAGAAACGAGUUGGUAUCACUUCUGCCAUGAUUGGACACAUCAAGAGCAUCAAAUGUUCAGGCCUAGCUCAAAACCUGUCUGACACCAUCCUCAACCUCCGAGCAGAUGAGAUCAAAGCCUCGAGACCAUUCAGGAUCGUCAGCAGUGUCACGUCCGCAAUUGCUCAAGUCCCUUUACUCAUGUCUCCUGUCGCGGCAUUUGCUCUCUUCCAAGGGGUUGCCUCGAAUUCCGGCGAGACACUCGAUGCCACUAGACUUUUCUCCGCCCUGUCCCUAAUCAUUCUCCUGGCACAACCACUUUUCUUUAUGUUUGAGGUAAUUCUUGACAUGAGUGCUGCUUUGGGCGCCUUUGAAAGAAUCCAAAUAUUUUUGACUCAAGAGUCUCAAAGAGAUUCUCGCCAACAACAAUCAGUUGUGGAGUUGAACGCACCUGAUCAAGGAAACAGAGACUCUAUCGAGCUACGAAUGCUGAGAGAACCCUCAUUGACAUCUGCAGCAAACUCCAGUAUGAGCGAUGUUGUUAUCCAAGUCUCCGACGCCAAUAUCUCGUGGUCAGAGGAUCGUGUCAUUCUUCGAAACUUGUCACUUGCCGUGGGCCGCAACCAGCUUGUCCUACUUCUCGGCCCAGUUGCGAGUGGCAAAACCACUCUACUGAAAACGCUUCUUGGAGAGGUUCCCAAUAUAACUGGAUCAAUUGAUAUUCAUAGUAAGGGGAUUGCCUGGUGCGAGCAAAGUCCUUGGCUCCUGAACCGAACAAUUCGUGAAAACAUCAUCGGCUACUCGCACUUCGACCCUGUUCUAUACCAAGCCGUUGUUAAAGCUUGUGAUGUAGAGAAGGAUUUCAGACAACUUACCCAGGGUGACAGCACCGUUAUUGGCAGCAAGGGGCUGGCCCUCAGUGGAGGUCAGAAGCAACGAGUUGCAUUGGCCAGAGCUGUCUAUUCAAAACCUCGGAUUGCUCUCUUCGAUGAUGUCUUUAGUGGACUGGAUGGCCAGACUGCCCGUACUGUGUUCGAGAACCUCUUUGGCGAACGUGGUUUGCUGAGGCAGUGGAAUACGACAACUGUUCUUGCGACUCAAUCGGUUGACUUUCUAUCGUCUGCUGACCACAUCAUUUGUCUUAACAAGGAUGGGAAAAUCUCCGAGCAAGGCACAUUCUCUGAUCUCAAAGACACUGAUGGCUAUGUGCACUCCUUACUGAGAGACAGGGUUCAUGGGGUUGAAGCUCCGACGCUUGAAACUGACGAUAUCAAAGAACAGGCCUCCAAGCUAGCACAAGAGACUCCAAAACAACAAGCCAAUGAAGAAGAUACACGCAGACAACGUGGGGACUCGACUGUAUAUCGAUACUACUUCAGCAGCACUGGUGGUCUUUUUAUGAUAGUCCUUCUGGUACUCGAGAUCAUCUGGGCUUUUCUAGAAAGCUUCCCAACAAUUUGGCUGAAAUUUUGGACUGAUGACAAUGCGAAUGGAAACGAUCAAGCGGGUUACUACCUUGGUAUCUAUGCCGCUCUUCAGGUUACCGCAGUCAUCUGGUUUGCAGUUCUUAUAUGGUUUGUCAUUGUCCUGGUAGCGGCAAAGUCUGGAAUAACUCUGCACAAGAGACUGUUAUCUACAGUAAUCAGGGCACCUUUGUCUCUCUUUACCACGACAGACCUGGGGUCAAUCACAACACGGUUCUCGCAGGAUAUAGGAAUGGUAGACAAACAGCUCCCCCUUGGUCUCGUUGUGACUCUCGCCAGUUUCUUCGGUGCCAUCGCCAAAGCCGGCCUCCUUGCCUCUUCAAACCCCUAUAUAGCAGCUACAUUCCCUCUCCUAGGAGCUGUCUAUUUCUAUCUUCAACGUGGUUAUCUCCGUACCUCUCGUCAGCUCCGUCUGCUCGAUCUCGAGGAGAAAGCCCCUCUAUACACCCAAUUCCUCGAAACGCUCUCUGGUCUAGCAACAAUACGAGCCUUCGGAUGGAACGAUGCAGUUAUUCAGGCCAACCACACUCUCGUAGAUCGCUCACAGAGGCCUUUCUAUCUCCUCAUGAUCGUCCAGCGUUGGCUCGUCCUCGUCCUCGACCUGACCACCGUAGCCCUGGCUCUUCUUCUCGUUGGUCUCGCGGUUCGUCUUCGUGGGGAAGUCGACGUAGGUUUAACGGGCGUAUCUCUCGUGCAGCUAAUCUCGUUAAGUGAGACCGUGAACAUGCUUAUUCAGUUCUGGACUUCUAUCGAGACAUCCAUCGGUGCUGUAGCUCGCAUUAAGCAAUUCGCUGAAGAGACUGGCGAGGAGAACUUACCAGGAGAGACACACCAGCCGCCAGCCCAGUGGCCUGACAAAGGAGCUAUACAGAUCCACAACUUGACUGCAUCGUAUGGUGACGGAGACGGAGAAGUUAUUAAAGCUCUUGAUGCAGUCAGUUUGGAGAUCAAGGGAGGGGAGAAGGUAGGUAUUUGCGGUCGCACAGGAAGUGGAAAAUCAUCUAUAUUUCUUGCUCUUCUCAGACUACUAGACUCUACGUCUGGCAGUAUAAUUAUCGAUGGGAUCUCUCUAUCUUCUGUUCCUCGAGAAACGAUCCGUAGUCGUCUCAUCACUCUGACGCAAGACCAGUUCGUACUCCCCGGCACGGUUCGACACAACGUUGAUCCGCUUGGUAUCUACUCCGACGUGGAAAUCAAAGAGGCACUUCGUCUUGUUGAACUAUAUGAUUCGAUCGAACGACAUGGGGGCUUGGAUGCUUCGUUUGAUCAAGACACGUUGAGCCAUGGGCAGAAGCAGCUCUUCUUCCUGGCACGGACAGUGCUGAGGAAGAACGACGGGAGAAUCGUUCUUCUGGAUGAAGCAACGAGCAGUGUGGACCAAAAGACAGAAGAGACCAUCAAGGCCGUCAUCGAGAGCGAGUUCAAGGACCACACCGUCGUGUUUAUCACCCACCGUCUGGAUACGAUCAUCGAUUUCGACCGCGUAAUUGUGAUGGACAAGGGAUGCGUCGUCGAGGUCGGUGAACCAAAGAGUCUCCUUGCAUCAGAUGCCAAGUUCAAAGCUCUCUGGGCAACCGGACAUCGAUCUGGAGAAUGAUUCACCGGCAGACAAAUGCUGGGAGACAAUGCGCAUCCUUUUAUGAGUUUACUGUCUAUAUAUCAUCUAAGCUGUCGCGUUCUACGACAAUAAAUCUUCCCUUGCCUGCUCUCAUGGUUCUAAUGUGCCUUUCGACAUCCUUGGCCGUUUGAACUCCCUCUC